UGGCUCGACGAGAACUUUGGUGCUAUGGCGACGGAAGAGGAGAGCGCCACUGGGCCGUCCGAGCCCGCGCCCUGUGCCGGUGCGGACUCGGGCGCUGGCAUCGAAGUCGAAGCCAAACAGAAAGAGCUGAGAAAGCCCGACGUGGCUGAGAAGGUGGAGGAUCCGCAAGGCCCAUUGGGAGAAGGCCAGGACUCUGGCAAAACUGAAGGUGAAACUCAAGAAGGUGCGGUCACCGCGGUUGCAGCGCCCAAAGCUCAUGCGGAGGGCGGCCUGGGCUUGGAAGAGCUCAGACCACCCACUGGAGAGCCAAAGGCAAUGGCACCGGGCGACACCCUCAAGGAGGCCACCAGCCAGACGACCACGGGCACCGCUCCUGGCGGCGCGAAUGGCGCGCCCACACCGCCGAACGCGUCAGUGGGCGCUCCGCCCCGGCCGCCGGGGGUGCCUGUGGGCACGAAAGGUGUUGGCAAGGGCCAAGUCAAAGGUAAAGAUGGGAAUCCAACGGGCAAGGGACAAGGAGAAGCUGCAGAAGGAAAGGCAAAGCCUGAGGUGGCGCUUCCGCCGGCCAAAUCCACCUACAAGCAGGGCGGUCUCCGGACCACGGUGAACACCCCCGAGACCUUGGUCACCGAGGCGGAUCCUCCGGAAGACGAGGUGGCCGAAGCAGAGCAAUACAUGUAUUGGGCUCAGCAGUACGCUGCCUUGGCGCAGCAGUACGCUGCUUAUGCACAGUACUGUGCACAAUAUGCCCCGCAGGCCCAAGUUCAUGCUGAAGCUGCUGCAGGCGCCAAGCCUGCACCUGCGAACGGUGCAAUGGUGCAACAGCAGCAGCAACAGCAACAGCAGCAACAGCAGGCUCAGGGCCAGAAGAACACGCCGAUCAUGGUUACCCCGUACCGCCACAACUGGCUCAUUAGUGGUAGCCACCGUGGGAAUCAAGACGGUGCUUGGUACGACGCCAUUAAGGGUGACAUUGUUAAGACCAUGGGCACUCUUUCUCGCUACGUCGGUGGCUGUCGAGCAUGUGCUCCAGUGCCAUGGCAAGAAUGAGGAGCAUCCGGGUCGUGCAUCCAGGCUGUCGACCAGGUCUGGUCCUCGCGUGCAAUGCAGCGAGAAGACCGUCCCAGGGGUUGUGGCGAUCGCCUGGCGCCUGGCGCACGAACGAACGCACCACUCGGAUCGGCCGAAGAAAAGCGCCGAGCGCCGGUGGGGUAGUUGGAGUCGUGGGAGUCGCUUUGGUGGAGUCGUUGGGUGGGGAACUUUUUAGGUUUUGGAUUUGGACUCUGAUGGCUUGCAGAUAUUGAGGAAAACAGAGCAAAAGCCAGGGACAUGAAUUGAACCUCUGAUGCGCAAUAUGCACUGUUUGGAUGGUUUGGAGGGUUUGCGAAGGGAAAGCUCAUCAGCCAAUCCAUGUCAAAUGGCAUGGCCUUGAUUAAAGAAAAAACAAGUUAUUCUGGGAAGAGGUUAUUUGAUGAAAGUAUUGAGUCCCAGUCUUAAACCAUGGCAUGAAAUGAACUAUCAUCAUGGACAACACGUGACCUACUGUAACUGAUACGACAUGAACAGAUCUGUAAAUUCAGGGGCUAUCACUCCUCAUGUUCUUGAAUCACUACAGAAUAGGUGAACCCCCAAGAAGGAAUCCUAGCCUUGGAGCAGCCGAUGAAAAUUCUUGAGAGACUUCCAACAAUCCCAAUAGGAUGACUCCUUCCCAAUGAGCCACCAGCCUCCUAACGUCUCUGGACUAUCCAUAGGUGUAUGUAUUCCGCAAAGGUGGCCAUGUAGACGGCUGACCAUGUCGCUCAAAGUCCGUGGCAGCUGUUUUUCGUUUCAAAAGAGG